CAUAUAUGUACUUCUCUCUCUCUCUCUCUCUCUCUCUCUCUCUCAAUGGAACAUCAAUCCUACCCAUGGCAUCUGAGCUCAGCCAAUAAUCACAACCAGCUCAACCUAGAGCUCGGGCUUGAGCCAUGUUCAUCGUCCUCGUCUUCAUCACCUCCACCAUCACUCCAUACUCUUAAAGUCCCUGCAAAAGACAACAAGCUCUACUCAUGCAACUUCUGCCAAAAGAAGUUUUAUAGCUCGCAAGCACUCGGCGGUCACCAAAAUGCGCACAAACUCGAGCGAACGCUAGCCAAGAAGAGCAGGGACUUGUGCUCUGCCGUGAAACCUCUCGUGGCGACCUCAAAUGGUCAUCAUGUCCAGCCCUCUCUUCAGUCUGUGGUUUUUGAGAAUCAGUCAAGCUUGGCCAGGCUUGUUGCGGACGAUAUGAGGUAUGCUGGGACUAAUCUGAAGUACGGUUCAUCUUGGUCUCGAGGAUACAUCGAUGUUCCAGAUCACGAAGGUGAUCUCCAGGAGGAUCUUGGCCAGCUCGAUUUGUCAUUAAGGCUCUGAUAUGCAAGAUCGGAGAUGGGAAAUAGUCCAAGAACGCCGAUCAACACAUCUCGAGAUAUACAAGUGAAGAUCUCGUUUGAGGGAUUGGAGGUUUGCGGGGUUUCCUUUUCACAAAGAUCUCAUUUAAAGACGUUAGUGUUCUAUAUAGACUUACUUCGGGGCUAA